AUGUAUGCACCAUCUUCUCCGAAAGAUCCAGCCUUAGGUCAUCAGUCUACUUAUCAGCAACCUAUCUUUGUUAAUGAUGAUGGCAUAAUGUACAUCACUCAAACAGACGACUCCGCCAACGCUGGCAAUCUGUCGCUCCUUCCUUUUGAUGAUUUCAAAUGUGAAGUCGAAGCCCUCAGAUCUGAAAUGGCUAAUUUGAGGACUGAAUUCCACAAUAUGAAGCAGGAAUUCAAAGAGACUAUCUCGAAUUCAAUUCGCCAAGCCGUGACAGAUUGCUUCGAAAGCAAUUUCAUUCGAUUGGCUGCCAUGAUGGACAUGUCUAAAAAAAUCGAUGAGCCUGUGAUGCAAACAGGGCAAACCAUCGAGGAGCAUGUACCUAUCAAUGACGCAGAUAAUUUAACUAAAUUUAACAUACUAUUGGCAAAUGAGGAUGUACGCAAACAAUAUAUUGCCUACUACACGAAAAUUGUUAUCCCAGACACGUACAUUGGAAGAGGAGAUUCGGCUUUUUAUAUAAUAGCAGAUUGCCUAUUUACGCGAGCGUUCUGGGACACAUUUACCUGGACGGGAAUCAAUCGUGGCAACAAAUCCAAAAAGGGGUUUCGCGAAUUUGCCAACGUUCUUCAAUUACUCCUGGCAAUUGUACGUAUUGGUGAUCCAACGUACACAUUACGAAAUCUGGAAACAUUUUGCAAAACUCGACUCUUCCGUUACUUGAAGGCAAGGUCUAUCAGUAAGCAGCUACGGAAAUCGGCUUUUCGUCCGAAUCGGAAAAAGAAACACGACGGAAAUGCGGAUAUUCCCAUUGAAUGCGAGCUUGGAGCAGGUACUACAGAUGAUGAGGUCGAUGAACCCGCAGCCGAAACUUUGGAAAAUGCCGAUGAUGAUGCUUCACAUGCAGACAGUUCUAUUGAGGGAAAUGAACGUAAGUCAAACGCUGAUGAUACAAGAGAAGCUGAUGACGUCGAUGCAACCACUGAUUCCUGUGACGACGACGUACCCGAAGUGAGCACGCUGUUCGAUUCCGAUGAUAAUGCUUCACCAGAUUUUGCCGAAUUUGAGGAAAAUUAA